AUGUGGAGCAUGGAUCGGAGAAAAGGCGCCACAGAGAGAAUGUUCAUGUGUCAGUCGGCCAUGCCUGCUAGUUCUAGAUGCAGCCUCGAAGGUGAAGCUGAAGGUCCUUGCACUCGGUUUCCCACAACAGCGCAAGCACAUGCCCUGACAGGCAUCAUGAUCGGCGGGAGUAGCCCAGAGCCCUUGAAAGCUCGAGGUUAUACUCUUACAAAGCCAAGCGCCCAGCCUGUGGAUCUGAACUGUCUCGCCAUGAAUCCGCCGGCUGGGGCGUAUGCGGAGCUGUGCCUCCCAAGCCACGCAAGGUCAGUUUCCAGCUCCCGCAGCCCUUUGGUGAAGCCGUCCGAGGACCUAAAAACGGUCUACCUGGUGCGGCAUGCCGAGUCCAUGGAAAAUGUCCGCGUGCAUGCCUUGGACCGAGCCUUCGGUCAGCUGCGAACGUGGAAAGCCCCAGCUUGCAGCGAUGUUUGCUCCGCACUCCGGCUGCUGUGCUUCGAUCUUGACACGCCGCUCUCUGCGCGUGGGGAGCGGCAGCUCAAGGACGUCCAGGCCCAGAUGGCAGGCUGUGGCUUCCUCCAGAAGGCCGACCCCCAGCUCCUGAUCUUCAGCCCCCGCAUGCGUGCGGCGCGGACGCGGGAGGUGCUCUUUGGUGGCGAGGUACCCAGCAAGGCGAUGCCGCAGAUCGUAGAGCGCACGCCCAUGGAGGGCCUCUGCCCGGCCCAGUUCCAAGAACGCGUUCAGGGCUUCAAGGACUGGCUUGCGCAAACUCCCGAGACGCGGAUUGUGGUGGUUGGGCACUGCCAGUUCUUCUCCAGGCUGCUAGGCAAAGGAGCUGGCUGGGACCGCUACCUUAGCAAUGCCGAGGUGAAACGGUGCUACUUCGAUCCGUCCAGUGGGGCCUUCGACAUCCCCGUCUCCAUGUUCUUGCCACAGGAAUGUGACAGCAGCGGGGAGGCAUGCCCGAUCUUGAGAAAAGCGUUGCGUGGCGACGAUGCCGAACUUCCCUUUGGCUGUGGCUCGAAGGCCACGUACCUUGCUUGUUCCUCCUACAGCAAGAAUGGUGCCGGAGCUGUGACGGACUAUGCCUCAUGUGCCACGGCGUGCGACCAGGGAGAAGGCCUCCAAGAAACGUAUGGCACCCAUGACUGGAAGGGCAGCUCGGGCUCCGGAAAGUGCGACUGCAAAGUCAGCGACAGCGAGCACCGAACGGCUUGUAAGGAAGACGCCAUUUGCCACUUCGACACAAGUCGAACCGUUCCAGUAUUGCUUGACCAUUGCUCGAUCCACGCCGAAGCGGGAAUGCGAAUCACAUACUACGACUUCGAGAAGUACUUCCGAAAGGCCGUCGUGGCUGCCACGCCGCGGCCCCCAAGCAACUUGAACCGAACGUCAACACGCGUCUUCAUCAUCGGCCCCGGAUUUGGCAAUCAGCUCAACCCACGUCAGAGCCGCAUGGUUGAAGCGGCCGGGUAUCAGAUCGGCUGGUGCUUCAACAUCCCGAACCCGGAGUUGCCAAACUUCCCGGUCGAGCCUUACUUAGACCGCAUCAAAGCGGAGAUGGACGCGUUUCGGCCCCACGUCCUCAUGGGAGCGUCCAAGGGCGGCGUGUACAUAGUCGGCCUCUGGCGAAGAGGCUACUGGCGAGGGCCCACUGUGCUCAUCAACGCGCACCCAAUGUGCCGCCAGAUCCCAGAGGAGGCGAACGUUGUCAUGGCCGUGGGCUCCAAUGACGAGGUGUACCCUGUGCAGCGGGCGGAUCUGGAGGGCCUCAUGCACACCGGUGGGCAGAACAAGACGUUCUUGUAUUGGACUGCAGACAGCGGCCGGUUGCCCUCGGGACAGAUCUCCCGGCAAGGCGAUACUCACAACCAGGAGUCCCUCCUCCACCACGAUGUCCUCCCUCGACUCAUUGAUGCCACACUUUGUAAAGAAGGCCCAGAGAUCCAUUGGCACCGGACCUGGAAAGAGAGGCUGUCGCGGGACAGAAACAAUGCCGAGCUAUGGCUAGGCUACAGCCCCGAGCAGAUCAUGCGGCUCUGGUCUACAAAUGGUCACCAAAGUGGAAAGCAUCUGCACGACGUGCCCAUGGGCACGGAGGAAUACCGGAUGGUCAACGCGGCAUUUAAGGCGUUGCCCAUGGAGCAGCAGGCCUACAUCCUCUCGCCCCCAGAGACUUGGGCGCCGGUGAGGGCUCUACGUAUCCAGCGGGUGGAGAACGGCCCGCAGGGUGACGCCUCGUGGAAGCCCUACUACAAGUCGCUGCUGCGGUCACUGGAAGACCAGGGUGUGGAGUUUGAGCCUGGCACGCACACGUGCUGGGCUUUCCACGGCUGCAACAACGAGGCCCUGGAGUCCAUCGUGAACAACCCUGUUUGUGGUUUCCAGCCCCUGGCCUCUGGAACUCGCAGCACAACGCUGUGGGGCUCCGGGACGUACUUCGCCCGGGACGCUAAGUACGUGGCCGACGGCGGCUUCUGCGGCGCUCCGAACGCAGAUGGCACGCGGAGGAUGCUGAUGUGCCUGCUCAUCAUGGGCAUCUCUUGCCUGGGUGACCCUGCGCACAAGGGCGUGCUCCCCUUCAGGCACAAGCCACCGCACCGCUACAACAGCUCGGUGGAUUGCUUGGCGAGCCCCGAAGUCAUGGUA